GUUCAGCCGGAUGUGGUCUCUUACACAGCCACUGCCACGUCCUGCAACCGCAGCCGAGAAUGGGCCAAGGCUUUGGAGCUCUACCGUGGGGCGUCCACCAACUCGGUCGUGCUCUAUAGUUGCGCCAUGAAGGCAUGUCAGCUGGGCACGGAGUGGCACCAGGCCUUGCAGCUUUUCCAGGAGAUGCAAGAGACUUCCUACUGGCCGGACAUUGCUGCCUUUAAUCCUUGUUUGGGUGCUGUGGUGGACUCCAAGCAUUGGGAGCAAGCCUUAACGUUGCUGCAGAAGAUGCCGUCCUUGGCUUUGCAGCCUAAUGGAGGUACUAAGAGGCUUCUGCUGCGAGCUCUUUCGGAUCAUUGGCAAGGCAGUCUUGAGCUGCUGGGAAGCUAG